AGCCCUUACCAGAUUGUGCGAUAGCACUUUCUGAGGUUCGGCUGUUGUUGGAUUCGCUGGAGGUCCGAUUUCAUGUGGUUACCAUGAUAUUCACCUUGAAUGCAGCAUCUAUUCUCGAUUUUGACUCCUCGGGCAUCAACUUCGUUCACAAGUUACGAUCCCUCUCUCAUACACCUCCCAGGGUUCGUUUGACUCCUCGGCAAACCCCUACAUUCUUCAAAGAUAGAAGCAUCCCUCUCCAUCCCUCGGUUUCCCUUACAUGGAGAAAGCUCUUGUCUGUCGCAUAUAAAUACCAGGACGUUACCUAGAGGAAGAUCAUACUCUAGCAGCGUCUCUCCACUACGCGAACAAUGUGCUCUACUCCAUUAUACGCCCUUAGUCCGACCUCCUCUGAAGUAACGCUUUACGAUGAUUCGACAUCAUCUAGCCUUCCCCAGUGGAUUUACACGACCAAGCAUAUGAGAAUUGACCUCGGCACUCGUAUGUGGGGCUCGCAUGUCCCGUGCUACGGCUUGAAUGGAAACAUCGAAGGAUCCAUUCGCUUCUCAGGCAAUCCCAGUACCGUAUCAAAGGUCACCGUUGCGCUCCAGGUACAGGUUACAACCUCCGAGCAGCGAUCUUUCACACUCUUGUCCCGUACUGUUCCCGUCUACACUCCGUUUUCUGCGUCUUCGACCCAAUGGAACGAUGACUGCGCUUUUUCGCUGCCUAUCCCGAGCGAGAUCUACUCGAACGGAGGUAUUUCGGUUAUGCCGCCAUCGUUCUCGUACCACAGCUACGAUGCGACGUGCGAAGUUUCUUACUUUGUCAAAGUGUGCAUGGUGCGAAAGAGGAACGGUUUCAACACGCAUGAAUCACGUCUCAUACCUAUCAUGUACCUUCCCAAGUCAGAGCCUUGCCAGGUCCAAAGUGCAGAAUCAAAAACGGAGAUGAUGUCUCUGAAGCCUAUGACACCGCAGUGGUCGGGUUCAAAGAAAGGACGUCAAAGGGCAGGCACUCUUGGUGACUUCGAUGACGCAGUUCAUGUGUCUAUCUCUUCCACGAAUCUCGCUUCCGGCGCCGGAAUACCGUUUUCCGUCAAAAUUGACACCGCUAAGCACCCGGUUCUAAAUCAGGUAUCAGACAAAAAUAUUCAUGUUGCGCUAGUGAACAGAGUCUCGCUCUGGUCAUCAUCGGGUUCAUCAAAGCCUGUGUCAUCCGAGUAUCAAAUUUCCUCCGGUUCUGUGCUGCGCAAGGAUGGAUCUCAGAGUAGCCUUGUGUUCCAGGGGUCUAUCCAAGCAGGUUGUGCGGGAGAAGAGAAUUCAUGGCGCCUUAACGGCGUUGUAAGCGUGGAGUACAUUCUUCGCAUUUCGGUCAUUGCGCCCAGAAAUCUUCUUGGACAACUCCCUACAUUUCAUCAUGACUCUGUCAUUACAUUGGCUUCAGACGAGUACGGUACGUCUUGGCGAGAAAUGAAGGAAUCCUGCGGCGUUCCAGCGCCAGCACUAGGUCUUUGGAGUAACUCGUGCAGUGAGUCUAGUGAAGAAGCAAUUGCCUUUGCCUAUGUCUUCGUUUGUUAGAGACUAUUGCUCUUUAACGAUCUCAGUACACCCUACAGUUGUAUCAUGCCCUACAGUUGUAUCACGCUGUUACGUAUGUAAAUAGGGUCAAGAUGCUCGACAGCCUCCUUCACAUUGAAAUAUCAUCAGCUGGCAAGCGCAUCGGAAGUGUCGGGCCGGGAAGUGUUAUCCAAAUAAACCGCAUGCUAAGCCGUCUACU